GUUUAUGUUUACUGGAAAACUCAAAACUUAAGCAAUGAAGAAAGCAGAGCUAAUGUUCGUUCCUGCUCCUGGGAUUGGUCACAUAGUAUCCACUAUCCAGUUUGCAAAAAGUUUGAUCGAACAAGAUGAUCAGCUGUUGGUCACCAUUUUAGUAAUGAAGCUGCCCAUUGCUUCUUUCGUCGAUGCGUACGUCCGAUCACUCACUGCUUCCCAGCCAAACAUCACCCUCAUCGAUCUCCCUCAGCUGGACCUUCCUCCGUUGCAGCUUUUCAAGAAAUCUGUUGAGAGUUAUGUGGUUGACUUGAUCGAGAGACAUAAACCCCAUGUCAGAAACAUUGUCAUUGAUAUUGUUUCAUCCAGGACUGCCUCCCAAUCUGUUCCAAUUGUUGGGAUCGUUCUUGAUUUCUUUUGCAGUUCCAUGAUUGAUGUUGGAAAUGAAUUGGGCAUUCCUUCUUUCAUUUACUUGACGUCAGGAUCCGGAUUCUUAAGUCUCAUGCUUUAUCUACCCUCUCGCCAUGAACGAGUUAGCACCCACUUUGACUUGUCUGAUCCUGAUGUGUUCAUUCCAGGCUUUGGCAAUCCAAUUCCCGUCAAAUAUCUGCCGGAAGCUGUGUUUAACACUGAUGGAGGUUAUGAGGCUUAUAUCAAGGUGGCUGAAAGGUUCAAAGAUGCAAAAGGUAUACUCAUUAAUACAUUUAGUGAGCUAGAGCCUUAUACACUUGAGUAUCUCAACAAGAGCCACAAUCCUAAGGUAUAUACAGUCGGGCCGCUGCUGAGCCUGAAGGGCCAGCCACAUCCAGAAAUGGAGCAUGCCCAAUGGGAUAAGAUCAUGGAAUGGCUUGCCGAGCAGCCUGAAUCAUCCGUUGUGUUCUUAUGCUUCGGAAGUGUGGGCGCUCUGAAUGUUUGUCAAGUGAAAGAAAUAGCAAUUGGGCUGGAGCAAAGCGGGCAUAGAUUCCUGUGGUCACUGAGAGUUCCUCCGUUGCAAGACGAAAGCACUGGAAUGUUCAAAAAACCGGAGGAGAUGUUGCCGGAGGGAUUCUUGGAAAGGGUACAGGAGAGGGGAAUAGUGUGCGGGUGGGCACCGCAAGUGGAGGUUCUUGCGCACAAGGCUAUCGGAGGAUUCGUAUCUCAUUGCGGAUGGAACUCGAUCUUGGAGAGCUUGUGGUAUGGGGUGCCUAUUGCAACCUUGCCGAUAUAUGCAGAGCAGCAGCUUAAUGCAUUUAUAAUGGUGAAGGAAUUGGGACUGGCCGUCGAUCUGAAAAUGGAAUAUAGGCCAAGUAGUGAUGUUGCAACAGCAGAUGAGGUUGAGAGAGCUGUGAAAUGUUUAAUGGAAGGUGAAAGUGAGGUGAGAAAGAAGGUGAAAGACAUGGCAGGCAUCGCAAGGAAGGCUGGACUAGAAGGUGCUUCUUCAUUCAAUUCAAUCCUGCACUUCAUCCAAGAUUUAAAUUAGGAUUUAUUUGUUUCUCUGUUAUAGAUAUUCAGCAUAUGAAAUAAACACUAUUAGUUUUGUGCUUUGAUAUUAGAAUAAUGGCAGGGGAAGUGAUUUGUUUGUAUCAUUGUGUCUGAUAUCGUAUAUGCUAAUGAAAGGAUGAGAUAGCUAUGGUAAACUAAUUUGACACUAGUAGUUACACUA